UUUUCUCAUUUCCUUUCUCUUCAUUUGAAAAAAAGUUAUGUCUUUGGCUUUGCCGUUAGCUAUUUCAAUUUUUAUUACUUUAUUCUCGUUUGUCAAUAAUUUUUUUAGUCGAUAUUUAAAAUGUUUAUUUUAAUUAUUAAACAAUUUUUAAUUAUUUUUAUUUUAAUUAUUUUAUUAUAUCCUCCAUCAUUUUAUUCAAUUGUAACAAGAAAAAGGAAAUUAAUUUGUAAAAGAACCCCUUUUAAUCGAAAAACAACAAAUUAUAAAGCUUGGAGAGAGCAAAUGACUAUUUGUGAAUUACUUGAAAAUUAUGACCCGGCAGUUCGUCCAUUAGGUCAGAUACCUAAUGCUGAGAGACGUGGGCCUGUUAUUGUAACUACUUCUUUAUUUGUUAAUUCAAUUAGUGCUGUUAGUGAAAGAAAUAUGGAAUAUGUAGUACAAUUUCGUUUUCAACAGCAAUGGUUGGAUGAACGUUUAGCUUUUAAAAUGAGUGAGGCAGCUGAUUUACACCAAAUUAAUCUUGCUAGAGACCAGCCUAUUUGGAUUCCUGAUAGUUUCUUUCAAAAUGAACGUAGUGGACAUUACCAUAUGUUAGAUCAAGAAAAUCGUUUUGUACAAGUUGAUGUUGAUGGACGUGUGACUUAUAAUAGAAGAUUAACUUUGACAUUAGCAUGUAAUAUGAAUUUACUUAGGUAUCCAAUGGACGUACAACUAUGUUUGAUAGACUUUGCCAGUUAUGCCUAUACAAAAAAUGACAUUAUUUAUCAAUGGGACAAUGUCGGUAUAGAAAUUUCUGAUACAGCAAAUGGGGCAUUACCUAAUUUUGAAAUUGCUUCAUUAGAUAAUGAUACUUGUGAUUCUGAUACAAAUACUGGAUCAUAUUCGUGUUUACGUGUUCGGUUAACUUUGAGGAGAGUAUUUUCAUUCUUUUUACUUCAAUUGUAUAUUCCUUCUGCUAUGUUAGUUGGUGUUUCUUGGGUUUCUUAUUGGAUUGACUGGAAAUCCACAGCUGCACGUGUCCCUCUAGCUAUAGUUACUUUACUCACAAUGAUUACUCAAUCACAUGCAAUUAAUUCCAAUUUACCUCCCGUUUCAUAUGCAAAAUCUAUUGAUAUUUGGAUUGGUGGAUGUGUUGUAUUUAUUUUUGCUUCAUUAAUUGAAUAUGCAAUUGUUAAUUAUAUGGGAAUACUUGAAGAGCAUAAACAAAUGCGUAAAAUAACAAUGAAUAGAACAAGAUUAAGUAAUGUAUUGGGGGAUCAAGUUAUUCCAAAUUUUGAUGAACAGCCAAUUAAAAAUUUAAAUUUUCCAAACGAGAAAAGAAGUUUAUUAAGAAAACAAAGAAAAAUGCAAGUCGAUUUACGUUUUGAAGACCAGGAGGAUGAACAAACAAUGGAAUUGAGUAAAGUAAAUAAUAAUGCUAGUCAAGAACAUAAAGAAUUAUUUCAAAAUGUGGAGCCUGGAUGGACAAUGCAGGAUGUUACCGAUUUAGUUUAUUUGGGUCAAAGAAAAAGAGUUGAGUUAGUUCGUUGGUGUUCACUUUUAAAUGAACGAGGCCGGGCUGAACGGAUAGAUAUUAUUGCAAGAAUUUUAUUUCCUUUGGCUUUUGCACUUUUUAAUGGUGUUUAUUGGAAAGUUUAUUUAAAUGAUGUUUAUGAUCAGCAUCAAAUCAUAUAA